AGUUAAUGUGGAUUAGCUAAGUUUCCGGUUAGUGAUACCCUGCAACCGAGGUAAAAUGGUGACACGGUGGAUUUUUUCUCGGGGUUUUGCUUCUCAAAUGAAGCACUCAUUCGUUACUACGCCGAUUUUCUACGUGAAUGCCGCGCCGCACAUUGGGCACCUUUACUCGGCCGUGAUUGCCGAUGCUGUGCAUCGGUUUAACCGCAUAACUAGUCGCGGAGCGCCAGAAAGCUGCUCUUUAAGCACUGGGACCGACGAGCAUGGGAUGAAAAUUCAACAGGCCGCUGUGCUGCACUCCACCUCCACCGAAGACUACUGCAAUGCAAUAUCGGCAAAAUACCGUGAAUUGUUCCGAUGUUUCCACAUCGAUUAUACACGCUUCAUUCGUACGACAGAUGUGGACCACCGGCAUGCGGUGCAAGCAUUCUGGCGUACUUUGGCCGAUUCUGGCAGCAUCUAUUCGGCUAGUUAUGCCGGAUGGUAUUGCGUGCCCGAUGAGACCUUUCUUACCGACAGCCAGCUGAAGGAAAACGAACGUGGCGAAAAGUGUUCCGUCGAAUCAGGGCAUCCUGUCGAAUGGACGGAAGAGCAGAAUUAUAUGUUUCGAUUGAGUCAAUACCAGGACGAGGUGCGGUACUGGGUGAAAGGCCUUAAGGAACGUGUACAACCGGAAAAAUUCCAACGCAUUUUGCUUGAUUAUCUCGAAGACCCAUUGCCGGAUAUAUCGAUUUCUCGACCUGUAAGUCGCGUUUCAUGGGGUGUGCCAGUACCGACGGAUCCUUCUCAGUCGGUCUAUGUGUGGCUAGAUGCGCUGGUUAACUACCUCACCGUGGCAGGGUAUCCAGAUGAAGGUUUCCGUACACGGUGGCCACCGACUGCACAAGUGCUUGGAAAAGAUAUACUGAAGUUCCAUGGAAUCUACUGGCCAGCGUUCUUGAUCGCGGCUAAACUGGAACCACCCCACCAACUGCUGGUACACUCGCACUGGACGGUUGACAACCAGAAAAUGUCCAAAAGCAAGUUUAACGUGAUCGAUCCCCACGAACGUGCCGAACUGUACACGCAUGAAGGGCUUCGGUACUUUUUGCUGCGUGAAGGUGUCGCACACAGCGACGGAAAUUAUAGCGAUACGAAAGUGGUACGCAUUCUCAACUCCGAGUUGGCCGACACACUAGGAAACUUACUUUCACGAUGCUGCGGAAAAGCGUUGAAUCCGGCAUCCGUCUAUCCUGCGUUGAAUGAAGAGGCUUUCGAGCAACUAAAAUCAAUUGAUAUAACGAACCGAUUGUUAGAGGUGUUGAUGGAAAUGCCAGAUAAAACGUUUCAACAUUACAAAAAGUACAAUUUUUACCUAGUCGUUGAUACUGUUAUCCAUUUGCUGCACACCGCCAAUAAUUUCUUUGAGGUAACGGCUCCAUGGAAGCUGAAGAAGAGCGAGAACCCGAAAGAUCGAGCCAAACUGAAUGCCAUCCUUUCUAUCACAAUGGAGGUGCUUCGUCAAGUAGCCAUCGUAACACAGCCCAUCGUUCCGGUGCUAACGGACCAGUUGUUGAACAAACUGAGUAUUCCGACAUCGGCGCGAACGUGGGAACACACCAAACUAUCGUUCCGAACACAGGACAUCUCUUUGAGUGACCAGGAAAGCAUUCUAUUCCGACGUAUCGUUCCUGCGACCGAAAAGGAAAACCGACAGGAAAAACGUGCGGUUAAAAAACGGUAGCAAACUUCCUCGUUUCAGUGAACAAGUAGAGUAAUA